AUGUAUAACACUAUACAUAUAGACGAGAAGUGGUUUUACCUAACAAAGACUAAGGAUAGGUAUUACCUUAUGCCGGAUGAGAAUGAACCAUAUAGAACUUGCAAAUCUAAGAGAUUUAUUCUGAAAAUCAUGUUUGUGUCUUCCAUUGCACGCCCAAUCAUAGAUGAACAGGGGAAUGUUCUCUUUAAUGGAAAAUUGGGCAUUUUUCCAUUCACAAAUGAAGAGGCAGCCAAAAGAAACUCAAAGAAUAGAUCCAAAGGCACUAUGGAAGUAAAACCAAUACCAAACAUCACAAAAAACAUCAUGAUGGAAUGCAUGAAUGCUAAGGACAAUGCGAAGCCACACAUCAAACCUGAUGACCCGGAGUUUCUAGCAGUUGCAAACUUAGAUGGUUUCAAUUUCCAACUAGUUUGCCAACCUGCGAACUCGCCGGACACCAAUGUCAAUGAUCUUGGUUUCUUUAGAGCAAUUCAAACAUUGAAGGACCAGAAACCAGCUAAGGAUGUCAAUGAAUUACUCAAAAAUGUUAAUGAAGCAUACUUAGGGCCUGUUUGA